ACUUCAUUCUGACUGUAGAGUGGGAAGCCGCAGGGAGGAAGGAGAGAAGCGGGCAGGGAGGGUUGAAGGCGAUAUAAAUUGUUCUCCGUUCCGAAGUGUGCGGUGGGCUUGAAAGCAGGCAAAGCCGGCCGGCUCUUCCGUCUUCUGCAGCAUGAAAGCCUUUAGUCCGGUGCGAUCCGUCCGGAAAAACAGCCUUUCGGAACACAGUCUGGGGAUAUCCCGAAGUAAAACCCCGGUGGAUGACCCUAUGAGUUUGCUCUACAACAUGAACGACUGCUACUCGAAGCUGAAAGAGCUGGUGCCCAGCAUUCCUCAGAACAAGAAAGUCAGCAAGAUGGAAAUCCUGCAACACGUUAUUGACUACAUCCUGGACCUGCAGAUCGCUCUCGACACGCACCCCAGCAUCGUCACCCUCCAUCACCAGAGACCGGGACAGAACCCUUCCUCCAGAACUCCUCUGACCACCUUGAACACAGACAUCAGCAUCUUGUCACUACAGGCAGCUGAAUUUCCCUCAGAGUUAAUGUCAAAUGAGAGCAAAGCACUUUGUGGCUAAAUGUGUUUGGUGUUUGCUGAAUUUUUGCACAAGAAGAUACAUCCCCCCCCCCCACGGCUAUAUCUGGAGGGGGAGAAAUCCAUAUUCAGUUAAAUGAACCUUUUAAAGAAAAAUUAAUGGAUAUCAUCUUCCACUGUUCUUCAUCUUGGACUAAUCUUAAUUAUUUAUGAAGAGACUUUUAAAAUGCCCUUUCCCUAGCUGGAAAGGCUUCAUUUAUAUGCUAUUCCCACAGUAGGGAGCAAAAUGAAACUUUUUUUAAAAAGCCCUUUAAGGAAUUUUCCCUUUUAAAGCAGACUUUGCCUUUUUUUCCUCCAAAAGGUGGAGCGUGAGUAUUAGAAGAUUGAGUGUUCAGUUUUCUGUGAAGUCUUGGUCAAAAAUUAGCUUUUUUUUGACAUGCGUAUAGGACUGAAUGCUGUGUACAUAUUUAUAUAUAAAUAUGGGAAUGAAACUUUGAACUCUUUAAUUAGAGUUUUCUUGUACAGUAGCAGAAAUGUAUAUUUCUGCAAAAAAAAAUGUUAUGAUGUACCUAAUCAUGCUGAACUUUUUAUAAAAGUUUAGUUGUAAACUUAACCUUUUUAUACAGAAUCAAAAUAAAUUGUGUGUUCAUUGAA